AUGUCGAAGGAGGACGUGUGCAGCUUCGGUGCGGACGGAGCCGAUUUUGCGGGCGAGAAGGACGGCGGCGAGCGCGCGAGGGAGCGCAGGUGGGAAGGCUGGGAGACGUCGACGUCGACAGUCUGGGUCACUGCGUCCGACGAGGUGCCCGACGCCGUCACGGUCUACACGACUUAUGGCGAGUCGCCCGCCGUCGACGGCGGCGUGAUCACCGAGACGGUCUACAAGGACGCGUCGACGCUCACGGUUCCCGGCCCGUCCUACCUCACGAUCACCUUCUACCCUACGACGACGACCUACGCCACGUCGCACACGACUAUCCCGACGACGACCAAGACCAAGACGCAGUCGCCGUCGCAGGCCGCAGCAUCGAGCACGCCGACGACGUGCGCGCCGGGCGACGCCGACGAGAAGCAGUCGACCGGGCUCAAGCCGACGCACGACCAGUCUAUCACGCUCUACGUCAUCGCUAUCUUAUCGUCGGUAUCGGCAUCGGCUGGAACCUGUUCCUCUUGCGAGACGUACGUCGAGCGCCUCAUCGUCCGGUUCAAUCACGUCCUCGUCACCAUCUGCCUCGGCGGACACAUCGGCCUGUUCUGCAUCGACCCGAAAGUCGGCGGCCUCACGCGUCAAGCCCUCGGCGACGACCGCGAGCUCCCUUUGCCUCUCGCCGCCCUCCCGCCGGGCUACGUCAUGAACAUCCUCGUUGGCGGCGUCCUCACCUUCUGCGGCUUCAAGACGCUCGCGAGCAAGAUCGCGUCGUUCAUCCUCGGGCUGUGCUGGAUCGGCAUCUUCUUGCGGGUCGAAAUGGUCGCCAAGCUCAUGACGGUCCUCGCCGUCGGCCUCAUGAUCGGCCUCUGGUUCGUCGACCAUGCUUGGAGCCUGCGGUGGUACAUCCUGUUCGUCGGCGUCAUGCAGUCCUUCUACGUGCUCUGGGACGUCGCCGACGACGCCUUCUUCGCCAAGCAGAACCCGUCGUGCCCGUACCUGCACUGGGAGAGCCAGCCGGCCCUGUCGCCCGCUGUUUGGACCCUCAUCUGGCUCGCGGCGAGCUUUCUUCUCUUCGUCGGGUUCGUCCUCGCCGCUCUCGCGACGUGGAAGCAGAGCCCGCACGCCAUGUACUGUCAGGCGCAGACGUUCCUCCCGACUCGAUGA